GGAGCUCAAAGCAGACAAUCAGAUUGCAAAAAGGAGCACUCAGAAGCGCAAGUGACAUUUCGUUAAGAGAGGAGCUAACCCGCGGAGUUCGUCAGCACUUUGAAGAGCGCAAAACCUAUACCGGCUAUUAAGUAGAAGGAAUACAUUAAUGCCAAUAUACAAGAAUCGCUGAAAGGUAUCUCUGUAAACUGGAGUGAAUAAUUUAGCUAAGUAUCUAACAUUUGGCACAGAAUACCAUACAAAUUUGAAGAGGUUCUCCACCAGACAAGAUGAAUCGAUGCACAGCUGCGUUACUUUUGUUGGUUAUUGCCAUAUAUUUUCUCAACGUAGAAGCAUACAAGUGCAGGUGCACACGGAAAGGGCCAAAGAUCCGGUAUAAGGAUGUGCAGAAACUGGAAUUCAAACCUAAACACCCCUUCUGCCAGGAGAAGAUGAUCUUCGUUACCAUGGAGAAUGUGGCUCGCUUCAAAGGGCAGGAAUACUGCCUGCACCCUAAGCUACAGAGCACCAAAAACCUGGUGAAGCGCUUCAGGAUUUGGAAAGACAAGAACAGGGUCUAUGAAGCCUAAAGCCCUCCAGGACUCAAAAGGACGGAGGAAAAAAACAUCCAUCGAUUAGACUGUUUUCAUGAAGCACAAGACAUAUCCCAAAACAAACCUUUAUGGCUUCCUCAAUUACACAGUAGGGUGAGAUUUACCAAGGACAUACAAAUCAGUAUACAGCUGUGCCAUUGUUUUUUAAAGAAUGAAGUCAAUAAGGCAUGUUAGUAUCGCGGACAUAAGUAUUUUUCAAUCACACACUUCGUAGUAGUAUGUCCUCUGUGUAUAUAUUAGACUAUUUACCAAUUUCAGAAUUAACAUGCAAUGCUGUAGGGAAGGUCCUUGAUAAGUCUGGUCCACCGAGUGUUUGGAAUAGAAGAUAAAAACAUUACACCCCUAAACCAUAAAUGUCUGUUCCAGGAACAAGGUUGAGUGUUACAGAGCGUAUAAUGGGGUCCACUGUUUCUUACUUGUAUCCUCUCAGAUUUACACGUUGUGUCUUUCUGUCCUUUCCAGAAGCAGACAAACAUAGCAUACGUGUGUAGUUAAACGGAUAAAGGGAAUUGUUUUGUUAAAAAUAUAUUUUUAUUUUUUUCCUGUUCACUUUUAUAAACUAUGUAUUUAUUUUUACUGUAAGACCCAGCAUCGUAGUUUCUGUCUUAUUAUUUUCAUACUUAAAUACAUUAUUGCGAAGAGAUUAUAAUGCAAACCAGGCAGAUGUGUGAAAAGGGAAGUGUAAAUUCUAGUGAAUGUCUCAGCCCUAGAUUUAGUCCUGGGUGCCAGUGGGUAACAUUUACAGGAUAAUAUUGACACACCUUUAAAUAAUGGUUAUUUGAACAUUGCCCCCAAUAUUGUAAUAUGUUGGCAUGAUUUGAAAUGAGAAUAUGGGGAUUCCUAUCAGUGACUCACCAGUGCUUGUUGCUUGUUGAAACAUUCCCUCUCUCCUGUCAAAUUAAUUAGGCUUACUUUACUUCUGUGAUCAGUAACCAAGGUCAGCAGCUUUUCACUCUUUUCAUCUUUUCUCUUCGACUGUAAUCUUAAUUGUUUGAAUCUCGCUGGUGGUAAAGCAGUCCCAUUGCUCUUUUAGACAAAAUCCGAAAAGAAAUCAUUUAUCAUUUCCAAUGUUGUCUUAAGGUAUACACUUCCAUUGUCAAACCGGUUAGUCAGCAUUCAAAUGCUCUUUAAUGCGUUUUGUGAUGGACUGCAUAGCUAUUUUUUUUUAUUUCCCUGGUAUGAUCCAAGACUAUUCCAUAUUAUUGCUAUGUGAGUAACCACCCAGUGAGGUUAAUUACUUCCAGGGUUUAAUUAUUUUGUAAGCUCUUAUUAUCAUUAAUAUUUGAUAUGAGGCCAUUUGCAUUUUCCACCAAACUGAAUGUUACGUCUAAUACUAUUAUUUGCUAAACCUGUAUUCUACUUGAUUUGUAUCCUAUAUAUAAAUAUAUAAAUAAGCAGCUUGUAAAUAGACCAAUAGCCUAUGGUACAAUCAAAUCAAAUUCAUUAUAUCUUAGUGUAAUGUAUUGUAUUACUGGAGUUAUCGUUUUGCUAUGUAAAUGUUCAAUAACAGAAAUAUUCAAGUUUUAGCAUCGGGGCUCACCCACCCAACACAUCUCUCCAAGAAAUCCCAAGGAGUGUAUGUAAUGACCAAGCAAUAAAAUGGUUUGAAACAACAAUUAAA